GCCUCCCGUGGCAAGAACGGCUUUGAGGACAAUGAGCACCCGGACGCCUCCGAGGCCGUGGCCAGUACGCAGAUGUAUGUGGCCGUGGGCGUGGCCAUGGUAGGAGCCGCCAUGUUCGGCUUCGACCAGGGCAAUUUCGGGAACGUCCAGGCCUUCGAGUCCUUUCGGAAGGAGUGGUGUGUCGGCAGGUAUGGCGACGAGCACACUUGCAGCGCGGAAGGGUCGUUGGACAACGAUGAAUGGAACGACGCCUUCGUCACCUGGGGCGCUACACUCAUCACGUUUGGUGCUGCAGCGGGCGCCAUCCUUUUAGGCCCUUUCCUGACCAACAAGCUGGGUCGCCGUCCGUGCAUUCAGAUCGGUGGCUUCAUCUGCUUCAUUGGCUGCCUCAUGGCAUCGUACAUCUCCUUCAACAGUGUCUGGACGUUCUUCAUCGGCCGCUUCAUCACAGGCUUCGGUGUUGGCGUGAGCUGCUUUGCGCUCCCGCUCUACAACGCUGAGAUUUCGACACCAGGGAUCCGAGGCGCAACAGGUUCGCUGUUUCAGCUGAACGUGGUGGUUGGCUGCUUCAUCUCUUGCUUGAUCACGCUCUUUGACAAGGACUGGUAUAUGGGCAUGCUGCUGCCCGGGCUUGCUGGCGCCGUGCUCACUGUUGGCGGCUUCUUCAUUCCUGAGUCUCCUCGCUUCGUCAUGGAGAAGGCAUUGCACAAAGAGUCCGAGCAAAAGGCCUAUGCUGCGGGCACAAGGUACUUGAAGCGCAUCCGCGUUGGUGACGUGACGGCUGAAGCGGAUGAGAUUAUGCAGCAGAUCAAGGAGGAGAUGGACAUCGACCACAUCAGCUUCCUGGGUCUUUUCAAAGAGCGUAACCUGCGAAAGCGGGUCUUCAUCGCUUGUGGCCUAGCCAUCUGCCAGCAGGCCACAGGUGUCAAUGCCUUCCUCGGCUACGCUGCGACUCUCUUUAAGGAGUGCGGAAUUGACAACCCCAUCCUGUUCAACUCCAUUUUCAAUAGUAUCAUGAUCUUUGGCUGCGUUGCCGGGCUCUUGCUGGUGGACUCGAAGUACGGUGGCCGUCGCUGUCAGUUGUUGGCGGCCACCGCCAUGAUGGGCCCUCCGCUGGUGCUAGCUGGCUUCGCCCUGAUGUACGAAUGGGCAGGCAUGAUCACGAUGGUCUGCGUGGUCAUCUACGGGGUGGGGUUCCAGUUUGCAUGGGGGACCAUCCCAUGGAUUUACCCGGCAGAAAUUUUCUCUAUGGCGGAGAAGGAGUCGGCAGUUUCCCUGGCUGUUGGCAUGAACUACAUCGCGAAUGCUGCCAUCAUUUACAUCACUCCGGCGCUUAUGAAAUGGUCGACGCCGGGGACUCUCCUGGUCUUUGGUGGCCUCAACAUCCUGAACGAGGUCUUCGUCUUUCUCUACAUCAAGGAGACCAAGGGCGUGCCAUUGGAGGAGGUCCCGGAGCUUUUCCGUAGAAAGGCAAAGGGCACCGAUGACUCGUCCAGCGAGACGUCGGAUUGCAGCACAUCGGAGUUCUGA